AUCCCGGUUACGCACUGUUCAGAGGCCCAUCGACGUUUCGCAGCGCCAGAACCAGCGGAAGAAGUCCACAUAGUCGGGCACACGGCCACAUUUACAGUUAGUAAUGGAGAGCCUGCUGGAUAAUCCAAUGAAAGCCGUUCUUUACCUGAAGGAGCUCACCACUAUCGUGCAGAACCAGCAAAGCCUGAUCCAGACGCAGCGCCAACGCAUCGACGAACUCGAGCGUAAGGUGGAGGACCUGAUAGGAGAGAACCGACACUUGCGGGACCCACAUCACUACGUCCAGCAGCCCGCUCACCACCACCACCACCACCACCCGACUCACCGCAGCGUCAGUCCUCAGGCGCCAGCUAACCUCCAUCAGCACCCGGGGAGCAACAAAGCGGCGGCUCAUCUCGGCCAGCAGGCGCAGCAGCAGCAGCAGCCGCCGCAGCCUCAGCCGCCUCACCCGCCUCAGCAUCAGCCUCAGCAGCAGCCUCAGCAGCAGCCUCAGCAGCAGCAGAUCCCCGGUCUAUCGGCCCAGCCUCAGCAGCAGCAGCAGCAUCCAACCUCUCCUGCGCCGUCCUCCCAUCACCCGCAGCAGCUGCAGCUCGUCCCCACCUCGCCGCAGUCACCCAAAGCGAGCCAAGCCAGCCCGGACUGCGCCGAGGAGGACAAGAGGAGCCCCUGCUGCAAGUCCCUGGUUCCGCAGACUCCCACCAACCUCUGCCGCUCGGUUGGAAUCUCAAGGAAAGCGGACAACCAAACAGUGCUUCACCAGUUCUGCUGCCCGGCCCCCGAGGCCCCUGAGGGGGAGACUUCUACUGCCUGUGUCCCCAGCGAUGACCUUUCUCCAGACCCGUCUAUUGGGGAGGAAGGGAAGGGAGGAGAGGGGGAGCUGCAGAGUGAGGUCGAGUCACAACCACGACCUCAGCCCGAGCAACAGCAGCAAGACACUCAGCCACAGAUUCCACCGCCACAACCUCAGUGUGAGGCCCAACCACAGACUCAACCUCAGCCCCAGCCCGAAGCCUAUCCUCAGCCGGAGCCGGAACCCGAACCUGAACCCGAACCCAAAUCCCAACCUGCACCGGAGCCUGAGCACGAGUAUGAGUAUGAGCCUGAGCCUGAGCCUCAGCCCGAGCCGCAGCCGCAGCCUCAGCCUCAGCCCCAAGUCGAGGUUCCGAGCGAGGAGGCGGCGGAGGACGCCCCUGAAGCGCUUUCACCUUGCGGAGAGGAGCAGGUGGUGGUGGGGGUGGUGGAGCAAGAGAAGGAAACGCUGGAAGAAGUUAUGGAGGCAAAGAGAAAGCAACAGGGAGAGGAGGAGGCACAGGCCCAACGGCACGAGUGCAAAGCAGCACAGGAAGAAGAAGAAGAAGAGGAGGAGGAUGAGGAUGAGGAAGGGGGAGGAGCAAAAGGAAGUGGGGCGGGGAGGAGAGCCAGUCUGCACCACACGGCGUCGCCCCUGAGGGUGCAGCGCAACGGGGCCGGCUCACACGCCACCACCUCCGACUAUGAGCUCUCGCUUGACCUCAAAAAUAAGCAGAUCGAAAUGUUAGAGCACAAAUACGGUGGCCACCUCAUCUCCCGCCGGGCUGCCUGCAAGAUCCAGACUGCCUUCCGCCAGUACCAGCUCAGCAAGAACUUCGAGAAGAUCCGCAACUCGCUGCUGGAGAGUCGUCUGCCUCGACGCAUCUCCCUGCGCAAGGUCCGCGUGCAAAACACAGAGGGCUUCUCUGCUGAGCGGGCGCUGGCAGAAGGCUUCCACUUGACAGGCAUCCCGUUGGUGCGCUCACCGUCUCUGCCGGCCACGGUUGGCGGCAACCUGACCGACCUGGAAGACUCGUUCACCGAACAGGUGCAGUCACUGGCCAAGUCCAUAGACGAUGCACUCAGCAACUGGAGCCUGAAGACCAUGUGCUCACUGCAAGAAGGCGGCGCCUAUCAGUUCGGUGCCGACUCCUUCAGUGCUGCAGCGGCAGCAGCAGGAGGAGGAGGAGGAGGAGGUGUUGGUGGUGGUGCUGGUGGCGGUGGUGGUGGUGGUGGAGGAGGAGAAAGAUGUGUUGGGGGAGAAUCAACGCUUCAUCAAGGCCCGUCACUGGACCCAAGUGACCUGUCGAGAAGUGCGAGCAAGCUGAUGAUGGCGUUCCGGGACGUGACGGUGCAGUUUGACAGCCAGAACUUCCGCGUUUCCUCCUCAGUCGUGGAAUCGGCCACCGUCACCCUCGGCAGCAGCGUCCAACAAGAAGGAGCCCCCACGACUGUCACAUCAACGUCCAACACAACGAACUCCUUUCCGGUCUUCGUUCCCCCCGGCCUCUCGCAUGCAACCCCCCCUCCCUCGGCAGAGCUCCCCGCCGAACCCAUAGAUCCACCGCCGCCCCCGCACGAGCCCCCGCCACCCCCGGAAUCAGACUUUGAGGGAGGCGAGCAGGAUGUCGAGUUCCCCGCUCCUCCGCCGAGUGAAGAAGAGCUCGGGGAGGAGCAGCAGCAGCCUCCCCUGACCCCUCUGGAUAAGAUGGCUGCUCCUCAAAGCCCGGAGGAGUGUGCGGCGGUGUUGCCGCCACACACGCAGCCCCUUCGCGGCCCUCCGCCGCUGCUGGGGAGCACGGCGGAGCCCCUGGAGGUGAAGAGGUGCAGCUCCGAGACGGCAGAUAACAGCUCAGAGCAGAUGAGCAGCAGCAGCACGUCCACCGAGGCACGCUCCACGUCCGAAGCCUCGUCCAAGGAGGCCCUGCAGGCCAUGAUCCUCAGCCUGCCACGCUAUCACUGUGAGAAUCCUGCCAGCUGUAAAUCACCCACGCUGUCCACCGACGUCAUGCGGAAACGCCUCUAUCGCAUCGGCCUCAAUCUCUUCAACGUAAACCCGGACAAGGGCCUUCAGUUCCUGAUCUCUCGAGGCUUCAUCCCAGAUACACCCAUCGGCGUGGCCCACUUUCUGCUGCAGAGGAAGGGCUUGAGCCGACAGAUGAUAGGAGAGUUCCUCGGAAACAGCAAGAAGCCCUUCAACAGAGAUGUCCUCGACUGUGUGGUGGAUGAGAUGGACUUCUCAGGCAUGGAGUUGGACGAAGCGCUGAGGAAGUUUCAGGCCCACAUUCGUGUCCAGGGAGAAGCCCAGAAGGUGGAACGUCUUAUCGAGGCCUUCAGUCAGCGCUACUGCAUGUGUAACCCCGAUGUGGUGCAGCAGUUUCACAACCCAGAUACCAUCUUCAUCCUGGCCUUCGCCAUCAUUCUGCUCAACACUGACAUGUACAGUCCAAACAUCAAGCCCGACCGCAAGAUGAUGUUGGAGGACUUCAUACGCAACCUACGAGGCGUGGACGAUGGAGCAGACAUCCCCAGAGACAUGGUGGUCGGAAUCUAUGAAAGAAUACAACUGAGGGAGUUACGCUCCAACGAAGACCACGUCACCUACGUCUCCAAGGUGGAGCAGUCCAUCGUGGGCAUGAAAACAGUUCUCUCCGUCCCCCAUAGAAGACUGGUGUGCUGCAGUCGACUUUUUGAGGUGACUGAUGUCAACAAGGCCCAAAAACAGGCAGCACACCAGAGAGAAGUCUUCCUCUUCAACGAUCUCAUUGUGAUCUUGAAGCUUUGCCCCAAGAAGAAGAGUUCUGCAGCCUACACGUUCUGCAAAGCAAUGGGCCUACUCGGCAUGCAGUUUCACCUCUUUGAAAACGAAUUCUACCCUCAUGGCAUCACCAUCCUCUCACCGUUUGGCUCAGACAAGAAGCAGGUACUUAACUUCUGUGCCCAAAGUGCUGAGGAGCUGCUCAAGUUUGUGGAAGACCUGAAGGAAUCAAUCUCAGAGGUGUCGGAGAUGGAGCAGAUACGUAUCGAGUGGGAGCUGGAAAAGCAGCAGGGAGCCAAGGCACACUCGGUAAAGAACAACGGCACGCAGCUCGAGCUGCGCGGCAAACAAGGCUCCCCAUCAGGAAACCCGGAGAUAGAUGAACGAAGCGGACACAAUGCAGUGGAGGUGUCAAUUCACAACAGGCUUCAGACGUACCAGCUCAGCAGCAGCACGGCUCCGAGUCCCGAGAGCGUGGCCCUUCUUAACCACCAGGGGGCGCUGCUUUUCCAGCAGGGGCCCCAGGGGCGAACCCAUGGGCCGGCACCUCCACCUCAGCGCCCGCAGUUGCAGUCGGCAGCGAGCACCCCUGCCCACCACCUCCACCUCCAGCAGCAGCACCACCUUCAGGCGGCCGUCAGCCUGGCUGACCUGGGGCCCGAGACCCUCGUCCAGUGUCAGCAGAUCGUCGAGGUCAUCAUGCUCGACAACGGCGGCCACGCGCGGAUGGAGGCCUUCCUCAGCCAGACGCCCACACACCACCACUACCAGCACCACCACCACAGCCACCACCAGCUCAGUCAGUCGGCCAUGUCCACCCCGGUCCGCUCGCCAGACUGCUUCCGUGGCAACGACGACCACCAGCCCCCGCUGCCUCCCCCACCACCGCCUUACAACCACCCCCACCAGUAUAUACCCCCUGACCCCCGCCUCAGUCUGCACCGGACCCCGAGUGGCUCUCGGAGCAUGGUGUAAAUAGAUGAAUUAGUAUUAUUUCCCUCAAACACACACUCCCACACACACUCCCACACAAACCCCGCCCCCUUCUCUACCUAUUUAACAGUACAUAAUGUACAUAUAUACAUACAAAUGAAAGAGCUAUAAUGAAGAAAAGAAUAUCUCACUUAUAUGCAUAUAUUUAAGGAAGAAAAAUAACUAAAAGAAAAAAUCAAGGUUUUAAAAGAGAAAAAGUUCUACUUGAUUUCACAUGUAUUUUGAAAUAUUAUGUAGUUUUAACAAAUUUAUAUAACUUUUUGUCGGUUUUAACCUGCUAGAGAAAACACAGAUAUUCAGUGUGGAUUCCUUCUAGUUCACCACCGCCAUCGGCAGAAAUGAACUGUGAUGGCUGGACACCUCCCGCUUCUGUUCGCUCUCAUCACCCCGAACCUCAUGCCUAUGUGCUGUGUGUGCGUGCGCGUGCAUAGUUGACACUUACCGAAAAAUGCGUGCCAAAAUACAUAGCCUCCACUCAACACUGACUCCUUUGCACUUGACUAAACGCUAGGGCUAGAAGAAAGAAGAAAAAGAAAAAACUUCCAUUGCUUUGAAAAGAAAUAGUCCCUUCACACUUCUCCCACAAGGAGCAUACAAAAAAAAAGAACAACAAAAGUGAAUAUCCGCUCCUCUGUUGUGUUGUGGCUCUCUAUCAUCAGAAAACACUCGUGCUCUAUUGUCACUUUCCAGAGAUCAUUCAAUCUACAGGGAAAGCCUGACAGGAAAUGAAGGCAACCAAUCACACGGCUCGCUGCCGUGCCACACAGUCAGCCCUGGAUGGUCCUGUUGAUUGUUGUUCGUCUUUUACUCUUCAUAUUUAUUAUUGCCGACGCUUUUUUGCCACAUGUUAAAGGCGGGGAAAGUCUUUUUUUUAUAUAUAUUUUGGAAUCGUUUCGCCUGCUGAAACGUCUCUCCGACUUUUCUCAAACUACAACCAUUUUAGCAUUUAAAAAAAUAUAAUAUAUGUACGUCGUACUGUCAUCUGUUGUUUAUGAAAACGCUUCUUAGCUUUUUUUUUUUUUUUUGUGGAAAUCACCAUGAAUUUCCAUGAAUAGAUGCUUCUGCUACAACUGUGAAACGUCAACAUCUGUGUUUAUUCUGAUUUGCGUGGAGCAUAUUCCACCUUUGUGUGUUUUCUGUCGGUGGAUAAAUGCAAACAUCGAGUCCACCCACAGAGCAUCCAGACACUGUCUCUUCAUGUCGCUACCACUCCCGGGUUUUGGUUCAGCUCCUAGUGACUAUUUUCUCCUCCCUCAUAACCUUUCAGUCUGACAUUAAAAAUGCAAAAACUACAGACACACACACACACACACAGAGAGAGAGCUUGGAUUGCAAAUGCUGGCAUUAAUGAUAUUGUUCGUGCUGUUGGCUCGUCUGCUUUAAAUACGAACGGGACAAAAAUAAUGCAUUAUCGGAUCUCUUUCUCUUUCCCCCCCAGCCCGGAUUGUAAAUACCACGUUCAACAAGCGAGCUACCUUUAGCCCCUUCGAAAUGCAAAUUGCCCUGUCACACGUCCUUCAUUCUGAAAUAGGUCAGCGACUGUAUUAGCCUAAAUUCCCCCAUCUUUUAAACAUAAGCCCCAACAGGGUGACAUGGAUGUUAAUUUAGCUCUGCUCUCAUCUGACCCCACCUUUAUGAUUUGUUGAUUUAUAAUCACAGAGGCACUGCAGGGAGGUCUUUAUCUUAUCUGUCUGUUCUUUUUCCACUCAUAAUUUACCCCGGAGGUUGUCGUGUUGUUGUGUGUGUGUGUGUGUGUGUGUGUGUGUGUGUGUGUGUGUGCGUGUGUGCGCGUGUGUGUGUGUGUGUGACAUGCUCACAAUGGCAUCCCAACUUUCCCGAAAAACAAAUGUGGUAAUUCUUGUGUUAUUAUGUUUCACAACAACGGAAAUAAUUCGCGCUUUCAAAAUGAAUGAAGAGCUUUUAUGACCAUUUUUGUCAUUUUUUUAGUGGCUAUAAAACAAAACAUUAACGGUUAUGCAAUACAUUUCAGUAAAUACAACCAGAAGUUCUAAUGUUGUGGAUGUUACACUGAUGGAUGAUGAUUGUAUGAAUGCUGAGGCAUUUGGUUAGAUCAACAUUCACAUAAUAAUGUGAUUCUUCUCUCAUGCAUGUCAUCGGUUUGGAGGACUACUGAACUCUCGAUUCCCAAAAGUUUAGAGUUGUUUGUGCGUGAUUGAAUUUGCUGUGAGCACGCUCUCGGGAAAUGAAGAUGAAAGAUGUGUCAUUUGUGAUUGACAUUUUUUUCACACAUUCACCCCUUCGAACAGAAAAAUGGAUUUACGAUGGCAAAUGUGAGGCUUCUACUUUGCCAAACGGCGGCCACUUUUCUUCUUCUGUCAUUCACAACGCUUUCUUUACGGUUGCACAAUGUUCCCUUCUUGACAAUGUGUGGAAGCAUUUUGAGAGAUAGACAUCCUGGGUGUGCAAUACAGGAAUAUGAGGCACACUGAAAGUCAUGAGUUUUUGAUUGAAAGGAAACCAAUGUAGCAUUUUGAGAGUCUAGCUUAUGACAUGGAAGCGCAGUAGUGGCUAACUUUCUUCACUGAAAAACUGAUAAUUUUAAAAAAAGGGCUCUGCCAUACCAGUGCAGCGCUUCAUGAAUGACAUAUGGAUCUUGUCUGGCUCUUCAACACUGUGUUUGCUUAUACUAGUGAAACAAAAGAAUUACAUAAGUGAACAUAUUUUUGUUGAGACAGGUGGAAACUGAGUGUAACAGAUAUGAACCAUCACCUCCCUCAGUUGGCUCUGAAUCCCUCUGUCUUUGCAGUAUAUCAACAUGCUAUUAAAGAUGAUUUAAAUCUA